GGGAAAAAAAAUUCAAAAAAUUAGUGAAAAAUCUUAUAAUAUGUUUUUUUCAGUAAAAAGAAAGUCAUAAUUUGGUCCAACUCAAAAAAUUAAAAGAAUAAUUAAGAAAAUGUAUGUACAAAAAUAGUAUAUUAGCCUAAUUUAGGCAAUGCGAGCUGUAAUCUUACCCGGCCUGGACCCGUCUAGCCCACCCGGCCCAUACUCUUCAUACCCAAAAAAAAAAAUUUGUCUUGUGUUCUAAAUUUCUGCUCCAGGCGCCGCUCCAGCCUCCUCUCCUUUGCUCUCUAACUAUAUCUGUCUUUGUUUGAAAUGGGUUGGAAAGCGGCUGAGAAACUCAUUAGGCACUGGAAGGUUCUCAGAGGAGAUAAUGUGAUGAUAAUAAGGGGCAAAGACAAGGGCGAGACGGGUAUCAUCAAGCGAGUGAUUCGUUCCCAGAAUCGUGUCAUUGUGGAAGGCAAAAAUCUGGUAAAGAAACAUAUCAAGCAAGGCCAAGGUCAUGAAGGUGGAAUUUUUACUGUUGAAGCCCCCCUUCAUGCCUCAAAUGUGCAAGUUGUUGAUCCAGUUACAGGGAAGCCUGUUAAGGUCGGGGUUAAAUAUCUUGAGGAUGGAACAAAAGUUCGAGUAUCUAGGGGACUAGGUGCAUCUGGAUCUAUAAUCCCUCGUCCUGAGAUCUUGAAGAUAAGGACUACUUCAAGACCUACUGUUGCGGGUCCCAAGGAUACGCCUAUGGAUGUUGUGUUGGAGAAGACUUACGAUGCUAAAACAGGGAAGGGCAUGCCUGAACUUUGAGAGAACACGCGUUUCAGGCCAGAUGGAAUAUGUUACAGAAAAGUUGGAAGCAUAUUAGUUGUGAUUUUUGGCGAAGGCUUUCUAUUUGUUAUUUCGUUGGUCGAUUGUACAAGCAGAUGGCUUGAUUUCUAUAGAGUUGUUCUCUAUACAUCAUGUCUCAUCUUUAUAGGGCUCAUAUUUCUACGUUCUAAGUGCGAAGCGAAGAAUAUCAAGUUGAGGAAUUUAUUUGCAUGUCAACCUACGCAUCUAGGGGUUAUCAAGUUCAGUUUGAGGAGAAUUCGAGAUUGAAUUCUUUAUAAGUGAAGGAGACUGAUGUGGUACAAGGAAAGUAAAACAUUCAGAGUCAAGAAAAAGGAUGCAAAUUCAGAAAAUGAUUCUCAAGAUAUUGGUAUGAUGCAAGCAAGGUGUACCGUUGGGAUUUUAGAUGCAUAUAAACUAAUUGCUCAACUUUAUUUGGUUGGAUUCAACUCGUCAACACAACCUGUGGGCCUAUACCAUGUUUUACA